UGUUUUUGCUUACCACACCAUUGAACGUCAUUCAUAUUGUGCAUAGAAUACUAAUUAAUUACAAUAGUAUGACCGGCCAAUAUAUGUAUGUAUGUAUGUAUACUGCAAAUAAUGUGGACAAGUGUGCUUGCACGCGCAAUGUAGUGACCGCGUAACAAAUUUUGCAAUCAAUAUUUUGAAACAAGACACACCGCGGCCUGAAAUGUAAGGGUUACGCGCAAUUGAUUGCUUUUUAUUAAAGUCAGUUUAAUUCGAUACUCAACAAGAAGCAGUUUAACACACAAGCAAUAUGCAAAAAAUAGUACACAUUGGUUUUGUCAUACUUGCAACGUGCUUCUUACUCCUGCAACAACAAAGCGCACAGGCCUUACUUCAUGACAUUAUUGAUGUCAUCGAUCUACAGAACUUGGAUUUAGCCAAUUAUGAGUAUUUCCGCAAUUUACCAUCGCAGAACCCAAAACUUGCACCACAGGCGAACCUCUUCUUUGAACACUUCCAAAAGAAGAAGGCAGUACUCGACUAUGUAGAACAUUUAUUUUUUGGUACCUCACCAUUUACACAAAAGAGCGAAAUACCCUUUAAUCCGCAUUUUGGAAGUGCAUGGCGCCCAUAUUUCGAACGUCGCUAUGGAAAACGCGGCGCAAACUUAGUAGAUAUGCUGGGCAAAGGAUACUCACUGCAACAGUUGAGGCAACAAGGUGCAAUCCCAAAGGACUUCGGCACCAUAUACUAUCCAACGCGAUAAAUGGAAUUUAAAGCGCCAUAAAUACUAAAAGCAAAUGUUGUUAUUUAAUAUUAAUUAAAUUAUUUAUGUUAAACUAAGUAUUAUCAAAG